GGACAAGCGCACCUCCAGUUUGGGUCCAAGUUCACUGCACGACAAAUCUCAGAUGCAGACCUGGACAAGCAGCGACUUAUAUACCCGUACAAAAUGAGGUUGCAUGACCCUGCUAACCAAUUGGCCUAGUGUGGAGGAGGCUGGGUCUUAGGGCUCAAUAACCCAGCCAGGUUUCUUGACUCCAGGCUAGCCAGCAGAUAAAGGGACCCCGGCCCUGGAACAGCCUGUCGAGCUGCGGUGCCUAGAGACGGAGGGAGGGUCGUGAUGAGCGGGAAGAGCCUACUGUUGAAGGUGAUCCUGCUAGGGGACGGUGGCGUGGGCAAGUCUUCCUUAAUGAACCGCUACGUCACCGACCGAUUCGACUCCCAGUCCUUCCACACCAUCGGGGUCGAAUUCCUCAACAGAGAUCUGGAGGUCGACGGGCGCCUGGUGACCCUUCAGAUCUGGGACACGGCUGGCCAGGAGCGCUUCAAGUCUUUGAGGACACCGUUUUACCGCGGCGCCGACUGCUGCCUGCUCACAUUCGCCGUGGAUGACCUGCGCAGCUUCCAGAACCUGGCCGCCUGGAAGAAGGAGUUCAUGUUUUACUCCGACGUACGUGACCCGGAGAGGUUCCCCUUUGUGGUUCUGGGCAACAAGGUGGACAAGCAGGAGGGGAGGGAGGUAGGCUCGGAUGAGGCCAGGGCCUGGUGUGAGGAGAACGGGUGUUUCCCUUACUUCGAGACCAGCGCCAAGGACGAUAUGAACGUCGGAGCAGCGUUCGAGGCGGCGGUACGUGAGGUCCUGGCUGCCGAGGAUCACACUGACCACGCCUUGUUGAGUAGCACCAUUGAUCUCCACGGCAACCGGAAAGUCCCUCGCUCUUCUUGCUGUUGAUUGGUUAAAGGGAUCGUCAGAACCGGCUGCUCUCUGCGUUCUCUCUGUCUGACCUGCAGUCCGUUGAGAGCUAGAGCAUUGUUCUGCUCUCCACUAAAGCCUGUGGUACCCUACGUGAAGCGGAGAGGAGCUACGGAGAUUGACUGGCUUCGGGGUCAACAGGGCUCAUCAGAAGAGAACAGUGUUACUGGUACAUCUGAUUGUUUAUAAGUGCCUGCUAGUCGGUACUGAUACAAAGUGUUGGCACUGGUACUGGUUUGAAGAGUAUUGGCGCUGGUACUGAUUUGACAAGUGUUGGAUUAGCAAUGCAUUUGAUUUAAAAAAUAAUCGGUGAGAUACAAUGUUAGGUCUGUCUGUUUGUCCGGGUCUGUCUGCUUUAAGAAUUGUAGCACAACUGCUCGCUCAUCCGUGAUAUUGCAGCUUAAUGUACUGCAGCGCCGUGCAGUGUUUUUUUACCCCAUACAGAACUGGAAUGUGAACGUGUACUUCCUGUUCCCCUCUCCAUGAGCACAGGCUGCUUACAGCUCAGCACCAUGUCAUUCAUCACUGUCUGUUUGUGGUAUUUUCCCCAGACUGUUGCUCAAUCACGCUGUCUGAGCGUGAGUGAUUUGGCGCUGUAUGAUAGACUGACAGAUUGACAUGGCCUCUAAGCCAAGCUUUCAUUCAUUCACCUUUUCUUAUUUAAUAAGUGAUUACAUCAAACUCUCUCACCAAAACACAUUUCACUAUCCUUUUGGGGAAUAAUUAAUUCUCAUAAAAAAAUCCUAUUUUCUUUAACCCAUUUGUAAUUGUUAGGUUAAAUGUAACCCCAAACCCAUAAAAUAGCCUUUUAUGUUCAUGGAGACCAAUGAAAUGUCAACUUUUCUCACCGGGAAAGUAAAACAUACAUUUACUGUUUACAGCACAAAAAGGGAAUUUGAUUUUGCUUCAUUAUUUCGAAAGGGAAUGAUUUCAGGUCAGGUCAUAAGUUAACACUAGGUACAUGUUCUUAUAUUGUACAUUUUUCAGAGUAUUAACACACAACCUUACGAUAAAGUAUUAUCUUCAAAUAUUUUGCAUUUACUUAUGUUUGAACCUGGGAAGUGUUAGGUGUAUGUGUGAAAGUUAUUGGAGGACACCUUUAUUUUCAAUCUGUCCUUACUGUAAAUAUCUUUGUAAGAUCCCCUGAUAUUUGGGAGUAGGCCUGUCUCUCUAGAAAUGUUUAAUGUCAAAGGGAUCAUGUUUGUUGACAAUGGACAUCAUUCUCCAUAGAAGUAACAGCUUUUUCCUUUGGCAUAUGGUCCAAUGUUCUUUUCAGAGAUUGAUUCAUGAGUGUGGAUUUUCUACUGUGUCAUGUAUGUUUGAGUUGGUGUGUCUCUAAACCCUACUGCCUUGCUUGUCUACCGCAUGGGUCUAGCUAUAUUACACUGGCAGUUCUGGAACAUUCUAGGUUCUAGACUGAUCAUUGGAAGUUCUUUGACCUUAUAGAAUCUAGAGCAUUGGUACUUGGUAUCUAGAUUAUUCCGGUACUAGAACAUUACAGAUACAACACAAGAACAUUCCAGUUAAGUUUUAAAAUUCUUUUUUUUUUUAAUGUGAAACAUCCUGAGCACAAAUAAUUGUACAGAUCUUGCAAGUGAGAAAUAUCCUAAAGUUAUGGGUAUGUUUAGGUACUUAGUGUUAUUUCAUGUUGAUGUUUAUUUAGUCUGAACUGCCCUCGCUAGGUCUUAAAGAUUUAGCAACAUUUUCCUAAAAAUCUUAAAUGUUUGGGUACUUAUUGUUUUUUUUGUGGUUCACCUUUUUUCCUGUUCCCACACUGCUCUUACUGGAUUUGAAAGAUCAGUUUGUGAUGAGCUAAAGAUAUUUAUGAUGUUACACAAUAUGUCUGGUGUGAAUCUGCAGAUUACACCACCGUUGUCUGUCUGUUUUCAGUACGUCAUGGUACUCUUGCUCUUAUUUAUCCUUUUUUGAACCAGGAGGUCUCAAUUUUCUAGUCUUUUAUCAAGUGAGCCCUGGCUAUGACUAAACAACCAGUGUUUGAUUACCAUGAUCAAUCGCUGUAAUAUUUUGCAUGCAUGCAGCAUGUGAGAUUCAUUAUGAUUUCUUUAUAUUUACAGUUACUGUAUGUUACGUGACCCUAUAGCGUGGUAAUAAUGUGCCUCUUGAUUCAAUGGAAUGAACACUGCCUGGUACGGCAGAGGGGUCCACUGUGAAAGACAUCAGCUGUUCAAUGCAAUUUAAACACAGUUACGUUCCAUGUCAUGGUACGCCGCCAUGGAAAACCAUGGAUCAUCAAAAGUUUAACUGUAAAUUUAGUCAGUGCAUGUUAUUUAGCAAAACAGUAUUUUCCAGAUCAUGGUACGUAACAAAUUAACUGUGAAUAACUUGUUUGUGUUUUUUAUUAUUUUAUUUUACAGAAAAACAUGGAUGACAUUUUAAAUCAGGGGUUUUCAAAACAUGUUUCAAGAUAUGUUUGGGCAUGUUCUGCCUUAUUGGACAGCUAAGCAGUGAAAUAGAGAGGGAGAUUUUGAUGAAAGAGCAGACUAGAACCCAAGCCACAGCAGUACAUGGGCACCGGAGUCAGCCACUCAGACAAUGCACAAUGCACUGGCAUUUGUAUUGGAUAAUUCUUUUGCCAGAUUUGAUUUCACAAGUUUUCUGUGGAAAAAUCUUCCCCUCAUCAAUCCAAGGAGUAUUUUUUUCCUCAUCAUUUUAAGCUAGCUUUAGAGCUUGCCUUUUUCAGCCAGUCCACCUACAGUAAUCAGGUCCUCGUUACUGACAGUCAUGUAGGGUAUGUGCUCUUGGACCACAUCACCCAGAGGGUCCAGGUCUAAUUAUGUCCAGGUGAACCCUAACCAAAACCUAUGACCCUGAAAGGCUGUUGCUGCCCCAGCUCAGGUAGCAUAUCAACGUGGUGUUAGCUUUACAAAUGCUACAUUUGGUCUGAACAGCCAUUGCUGUGUUGCCAGUGGUUGCUCACAAAAUGUAUGCUGAUGUUAGAAACUUGAUUGACAACUGUUUCUUGCUCAGGGGCCCAUAAUAUUUGGGUAUUCCUGACAUUAAAACUUUUGAAAACCCCUGUUUAAGUGACAUCACAUUUUACUACUACAUAAGGUAUAUUCCUGAGUCCAAGUCUGUCGUGCAGCUCAUAGUCCAGUCUUGUCUCAUUGUUACUGUUCAUUACCUUAUUUUGAAAAUAUAAAAUCAGUCUAAGUUUUCCGUCCAGCUUGCCACAGUCCACAAUAACAUGUAAACUAAUGUAUUCUGCAAAGGCCACUCAUUCCUGAAAUUACACUGUAAAAUAAUUGAAAUAAUAAUAAUAAUAAUAAUGUACGAACAGGACUGAAAUGGUCACAGACUAAGUCUAGUCCUGGAAUAAGAAAAAUAAAACUCAGUGGAGGUUUUCCACUUCAGUAUAAUUUUUACUCCAAAUCUAGUCUAAAUCUGUGUCCCUGCCACUGGCUCAUAGGGAGCCAUUGUGAAAGCAGUCAGUGUGGUACUGCAGGUGUGAAAAUAAUUAUAGUGUAGAACAACGAAUAAAGGAAACAUGCAAAAUGCCUAAUA